GUCAUUGUAAACACGACACAUAGAUAGGAGCUAUAUACCUGUCACGGACAAUAGUGAUCACAAACAUCACGAUGUUCCACCUUACUAUCGCUUUGCUUGCGGUUUCUGUGGCCUUUGUCGCGGGGGCGAAUCAUCACCAUGGUCAGGAAUAUCAAACGGCCAGUCCAGGGGAGGUCCAGGGGGAGCUGGAUCACCUGACGUCACACUUCGGGAGCCACCUGUGUAUCGACCUCCUCAUGCUAGACUGUAGAAAUCACCUAGCUCAUCCGGACGAACAGCUAUGUGGCUCCGACGGGAGGACAUAUGCAAAUCACUGCUACUUCGUACAUGCUUCGUGUAUGUUCGCACAUCUGAGCGUAAGUGGACAUGGUCCGUGUGUAGUUACGACUGCCAUGCCCACUGCCGGAAGUACCAUGAUGCCCGCUGCCAGCACUACUAUGUUGCCCGCUGCCGGAAGUACCAUGAUGCCCGCUGCUGGAAGUACCAUGAUGCCUGCUGUCAGCACAACAGCUAUGACAACUAAAUUUACCAUGCAGUUGACAACAGUGAAGUCCUCCUCGCAGGUCAUCCAGUCCGUAUUCUGCCAGAACAAGGACUCCAUCAAUUGUGACCUGGCAAUCGCGUUCGUUUGUGGCUCCGACGGACAUCUGUACCCUAACAGAUGUGAGCUGUCUAAAGCCGCGUGUGAUCACCCAUCUAUCACCGAAGUAGCCAUAUCCAUGUGUCCCUAGAUCUCACUACAGCAUGGUCGACUCGAGCACUAUAUCAGCUAGUUGGGCAAUUUGUUUUGAUUUUGUUUAUUAUGUCUUCAUUUCUAGAAACGUGAUUAAAGUAAAUUGUAUCCUUCCUUCUA